GCUUUCCCAGCAGUCUUGUGACUGAAACUAAACCAGUGCUUCCGUUUACUUUCAUUCAUAAUGUUGCAGUUUACGUUUCUCCUGCUGGUUCUUGGAUGCUGCCAGGGGCUGCAGCCGGACUACGACUCCGAAGACUUUCAGCCCGUUGUCCAGGCUUCAAAAUACGGCUCUCUGUGGCCUCUGCCGCAGAAAGUGCAGAUCUUGGACGUUUGUUUCAAGUUAAGUGGCUCCAAUUUCAAAUUUACUGACGCCAAAGACUCGUCUGCCGGUCCGAGCUGCGUCCUGCUGCAGAAUGCAUACAGGAGGUAUUUUGAAUACUUGUUUGGAGCUGCUAAACAGGUGAAGGCUGGCAGAAGCUGGCUGACUGGUUCCACUGCGGUGACACAACUGCAGGUGUGGAUCACAUCACCUGACUCUGAGUGUGACACCUACCCCAGUGUAACAUCUGACGAGUCAUACGAGCUGACGGUGGAUCAGCCAGUCGCCGUCCUGAAAGCACCGACGGUCUGGGGAGCCCUGCAUGGUUUAGAAACAUUCAGCCAGUUGGUGUAUGAAGAUGAAUAUGGAGCUAAAAGCAUCAACUCGACAACAAUCAGCGACUUCCCGAGGUUUGCUCAUAGAGGCAUCUUGCUCGACAGCUCGCGGCAUUUCCUUCCCAUUAAGGUCAUCUUGGCCAAUCUGGAAACAAUGGCGAUGAACAAAUUCAACGUCUUCCACUGGCAUAUCGUUGAUGAUCAGUCCUUCCCUUACAUGAGCCGAACGUUCCCACAGCUGAGCCAGAAGGGAGCUUACCACCCGUACACGCAUGUUUACACGCCUGCUGAUGUAAAAAUGGUGAUCGAGUUCGCUCGUAUGAGAGGCAUUCGAGUCAUCCCAGAGUUUGACACUCCUGGACACACGCAGUCCUGGGGUAAAGGCCAGACUGAUCUGCUCACGCCCUGUUUCUCCGGCAUCAAACCCUCCGGCACCUUCGGACCGGUGAACCCCAUCCGGAACACCACAUACAAGUUCAUGGAUCAGUUCUUCCAGGAGGUCAGCGCCGUGUUCCCUGACCACUACGUUCACCUGGGAGGGGAUGAGGUCGACUUCACCUGCUGGAAGUCCAACCCAGACAUCCAGAAGUUCAUGGCCGACCAAGGCUUCGGACAGGACUACAAAAAACUGGAAUCCAUCUACAUCCAAAGACUCCUAGAUAUUGUCACCACAACCAAGAAGGGCUACAUCGUCUGGCAGGAGGUCUUUGAUAAUGAAGUCAAGCUGAAACCAGACACGGUUAUCCAUGUCUGGAAGGGAAAUCUGCAGGCAUACCAGAAGGAGAUGGCAGACAUAACAUCAGCAGGGUACCAGACCAUGCUGUCCACUCCCUGGUACCUGAACCGCAUCUCCUAUGGCCAGGACUGGCAGGGCAUUUACAAGGCUGACCCACAGGAUUUUAAGGGAACUGAGGAACAGUACAAGCUUGUGAUUGGUGGAGAGGCUUGUAUGUGGGGGGAGUAUGUGGACGCCACCAACCUGACACCCAGACUCUGGCCUCGUGCCAGCGCUGUAGCGGAGCGGCUGUGGAGCGCCAGAAAUGUGACCAACAUCAACGAUGCCUAUAACAGACUGUCUGCGCACCGCUGUCGUAUGGUAGAGCGUGGGAUCCCAGCCGAGCCGCUGUUUUCCAGCUUCUGUCCUCGUGAAUACAAAGGCAUCUGACGAGCGCUGAAAGGCUGGUCCGGGAGAGAAACAGGGAAACAACUCGAUACAUGAUCAACUCCACGCUGGAAUUUUUAACAGAGGAAUCAAACUGCUUUAUAGACCUGUCGUUGUGCCGAGUUACCUUUCUUUUUUUUGGAAACUUUACAUAACAGAAUUAUUUAACAAUCAUUUCUAAUGAAUAUUGUAUAAUUUAUGAUCAAUAAAAUGUUGAAAUUUUUUCCAACUGAUUUUGAAAAAACAAAAAAAUGCAUUGAUACAAG